UAGAAUCCAAUAUAUUGAGAAAUGGCAAAGCAUCAAGUUAAAUUUAGUUGCAAAGUUCAGCUUCUGGCUGUUAUGUUUACAGUACUUAUCGCAAUGUCAAACUCGUAUUUAUUGACAGACACCAAGAGUGAUAGUUUUGAGGCAUGGGAUAGUGCAGAACGGGAUUGGAGUUACCGCGGGGGUGAGAUGGAAGACGAGUGGACGAUGGUGCAGAAGAGCGGGAACCAGUUUGUGGCGAAUGGCCAGCCCUUCUAUGUGAAUGGCUUCAACACUUACUGGCUAAUGGUGUUUGCAGCAGACCAGUCGACCCGGGGGAAAGUGACCGAGGUGUUUAAGCAGGCGUCGUCUGUAGGCAUGACAGUGUGCCGCACUUGGGCUUUCAAUGAUGGCCAGUGGAGGGCUCUCCAGAAAACGCCUGGAGUUUACGAUGAAGAUGUCUUCAAGGCGUUGGAUUUCGUCGUGAGCGAAGCAAAGAAGUACAAAGUCAGGCUUAUACUGUCCUUCGCUAACAACUGGGAAGCCUAUGGUGGCAAAAAGCAGUAUGUGAAAUGGGGAAAAGAUGCAGGCCUGAAUUUGACUUCUGAUGAUGACUUCUUCUCCCAUCCCACUCUCAAAGGAUACUUCAAAUCCCAUAUUAAGGCUGUGCUUAACAGAGUAAACACUGUCAACAACAUUACCUACAAAGACGAUCCUACAAUUUUCGCGUGGGAGCUGAUGAAUGAGCCCCGCUGCGAAUCAGACCCCUCGGGAGAUAAACUGCAGAACUGGAUACAAGAAAUGGCAGUCUUUGUGAAGAGCAUUGAUCCAAAGCAUCUUGUGGAGAUUGGGUUGGAGGGUUUCUAUGGCCCUUCAACGCCGAACCGGGCUCAAUUCAACCCCAACACCUAUGCCACACAAGUUGGAACAGACUUCAUCAGAAAUCAUAUGGCUCUUGGAGUUGAUUUUGCUUCUGCCCACAUCUACCCAGACACUUGGAUUUCACAGAACAUAACAGAUGCCCAUGUGGAGUUCACCAAGACAUGGAUGCAAUCCCACAUCGAAGACGCCGAGAGCUACCUGGGAAUGCCGAUCAUCUUCGCCGAGUUCGGCGUCUGCACGAAAGAUCCCGGCUUCAACGCCACUUACAGAGACACCAUUCUCAGCACCGUGUACAAGAGCAUCUUGAACUCCACCAAGAAAGGCGGUGGGGGCGCCGGCGCCCUUCUGUGGCAGCUCUUCCCUGAAGGAACAGAGUACAUGGACGAUGGGUACGCAAUAGUUCUCUCAAAAUCUGCCUCCACAUCGGACAUUAUCUCUCUGCAUUCCAAGAGGCUCAGAGCUUUCAACUCCCUGUGUUCAUGGAAAUGCCACUGGGGUUGCAAGAAGAAGCAGGUGCUGGAUACUUUCCUUGGCCGUGAUGAGCUUUAGAAUCACUUAUAUACUGUAAUGAUUAUCCACCAUCAUGGAUCAUCUGUGAUUAAUACUGGGUUCAUGUAAUAUGAUCUGAACAAUAAUAAAGUCAUAUAUGUUCUGUAAUUUA